CUGUUUUUUCAUUUCCAACUAAUAAAAGCUACAAAUAGCUUCUUCACACACCAAAUCCGCAAACUAGAACAAAAAUUUCAACUUCUUUAGUUUACUUUCAUUUCCCAACAACAACAAAAAAAAAAAAAAUCAUUUCAAACAAUUUUGUGAAGACAUCACCAUGGGUAAUUGUACCUCGUUUGAUUCAUCCCAGGUUGAAACAUCUAAGGUUGUCGUACAUGAUGGUACGAUGAGAGAAUUCACGUACGAGGUUAAGGUUGGGUAUGUAUUACAAUUAUACCCUGAUUGUUUCAUAUGUGAUUCUGAUGAGAUGGGAUUCGAUGAUGUUGUUUUAGCCAUGCAUGAAGAUGAGGUUUUGAGACUUGGUCAGCUUUAUUUUGCUUUGCCGUUGACACGGUUGAAGAAGCCGUUGCCGGUGGUGGAAAUGGCGGCGUUGGCCGUGAAGGCUAGCUCGGCUCUAACGAAAAGUGGUGAGAAAUGUGGGGUUGGUAGGAAACAGAUUGUGAUGUUUUCUGGUGAUGGGAAGCCUUGCCGGAGAGUUGCGCCGGAAAGUGAUUGUGGGGAUGUUGGUGUUGGUGUUGUUAGGUCGGUGAGUGGGAGGAGGAGGAGAAAUUAUGGUGGUGGUGAUGGUGGUAGAGGGAAGUUUAUGGCGGCGUUGAGUGCUAUUCCGGAGUAGGGGUAGUUUUGGAAGAAAAUAUGUUCCUUGAUUACUUAAUCAACUUGUAUAUAUUAUUGAAGAAAAAAAAAGAAAAAAAUUACUAUUAAGUUUUGUACAUUGUAGAGAUCUUUUUUUGACAAUAGAAGAAAUUAUAUUAGCUUAGUUA